UUGGGCGAGUGCACUGCAGUUCUCCCUCGAGUUUGUGACCCCGACUAUGAAUACCACUGCUGUAGAUAAUAGAAGACUGAGAGAGAGGAGGAAGAGGAGGGGUCGUUGGGGUGUUUUCCAGUAAAGAAUACUUUCACUUUCAACGGUUUUCUGAAAAACAGAAGUGCGAGCGCAUUUCUUCUUCAACUCGUCUAACAGAAUAGCGGAAUACUUCACCGAGGGACGUUCGUUGAUAGUUAGAUGGAAAAUGGAGAUUGUAAUUGGUCUACUUCUUUCAUCAUUGUCUCUGUAUUGUGACUUCACCGAUGCCGAGUGCCUGGUGAUCAGUCCUGCCAGGCUGGUGGUGAAGUAUGGAGACCCAGCUUCAGCCAAAUGCACCUCCGAUCAGCCUAAGCAAUUGGGCUGGGAGGCGACGCAUGGAGGGACGGGUCUAACAGACAAGAAGGUGAAGUUCCUAAACUGGAGUGUGGACAGUGUGACUGACUGGAAUAUCAAACCAACAUGCCACACAGAAGCAGGCCAGUGUCAGAAACAGCUGGACAUCACAGUUUAUAAGCUUCCAGACAGUGUGUCCAUGACAGGCCCCUCAGGUCCGAUGGUUGAGGGGAAAGAGUACGAGUUUAAGUGUCUCAUCCAGAAGGUCGCUCCAGGUAACAGUCUCAAUGUGUCCUUCUACAAAGCCUCUGCCAUCGGUAGAAAGACAAAGACAUUGUUAUACGCACCAGAUGUACCAAGGCAGACCACCAAGGAACCUAUUAGUGGGGAAUAUCCCCUGCUGUGGUCCCCCAGUAGAGGUGAUGAUGGGGCCCAGCUCUGGUGUUCAGCCCUGUUAGGACUGGGAGAACUGGGACCCCAACCUCCUCCUGAAGUGGAAUCAGAGCCCUUCAAACUCACCGUGCACUCAUGUUCCGGUCAGGCUGCUGGAAGUGCCAUGGUGGCGGUGUUUCUCCUCCAGCUCAUUCAUUGGCUGUAAGACCACUUCCUGAACCCACUGAUUGGCUGAAUACAUGUGAUUAUUUUCCAACCCCCUCCCACUGUGGCUCUGUCCACUUUCUGCUAACUAUUGAUUUAUAAUUGUCAGGUAUAUGUAGAGAGUCAGGAAGCAGGUGCAGAAGGACAGUUUGAUAACGAUGAUGCUAGUUAAAUGAAUAAAACAGGGGAUGAGUACUGAACAUGAAAACAAACCUCUACUGCCUGAUGACUGAAGCUACCGAGGGCUACAUGAAGGGAAGGUAGUCAAGAUGAUAAUGAAGUCCAGGUGAUGGGGCGCAGGUGUGGGUAAUUAUGGGGUGCAGUGGUGGGUAAUGAUGGGGAAAGGUGUGGGUAAUGAUGGGGAGAAGGUGUGGGUAAUGGUGGUGAGCAGGUGUGGGUAAUGGAGAGCAGGUGUGGGUAAUGAUGGGGAGAUGGUGUAAUGAUGGUUGACAGGGCUGAUGGUUAUUAGACCGGCGACGUCGAGUGCUGGAGAGAGGGAGCGAGUUGGUGACCUGACCAUAUCCACAUAGAAAUGUGAGUUAUAGAUAUGUCAUUCUCAUUGAAAGCAAGUCUAAGAAGUGGUAGAUCUGUUCUACAUGCGGUAUUUCUAUGCUCCCCUUUCUUAAGUUUCGUUUUUUUGCUGAGUGAUUUCUGCAUAGUGCAGCUUUGAUUGAUUACCAUGACGACAAUACUUUGAUCGUAUUACCUUGUACCUUUAUAAUUUUGCCUCAUACAUUUAAUGGAGUUCAUUAAUUUGACAAUGUUAUUACUUGCAUUUGAUUUCACGAUCUAAGACCAUUCUUGAUGCCCAUUCAUUACUUCAUUCUACAUUUCCUUAUUAUCUUAUGGAGUCAGAUCAAAUACAAUUGACUAUUUACUUUGUUCAUAUCCAAAUUACAUUGUCUGAUUAUGGUGAGGACUUUUUUGUUUACUUCUUUCUCUUUUAUUAUCUGACUGAGUACUGUAUCCAGUUUCAAUAAAUAAAAAUCAAGUUUUUACUACUUUGCAAA